AUGAGGCGCGCAAGGACUCCCCCAUCGCCCUAUAGGGCUUUGGCACACCAUCCCGCCAAUGGCCAGCUGGCGGAUUCGGCAUCCUUAAUCAGGUCAUUCAAUAUUGAGACAAACCCGACACGGCCCAUACGCCCCUCUCCGCUCACAGCAUCAACUUUCCCAGAUAUGCCGCUAGAUUUAGUGGACCGCAUGAGAUCGUUUCCCCUCUUCAUGUCAGCUUCUGAUGACUUCUUGGUUCACGCGGCUCACGAUCAUAUUCUAACCGAGGGAGACGAAGCAAAAGCUAUGUACUGGCUUGUUCGUGGGGUUGUCGCUCUCAAGCCGGGAUCUUUCUUCGGCGAGAUCGGCGUCCUGAUGAAUUGUCUUCUUCUCGUCCUUAAAAAGGAAGAUCUUCAGCUCGAGCUUCCUAAAUUUCCUGAUAUGGAUAAGGCGAUCCCUAAGAAGCGUCAGGAAAGCGGCCGUGGGCUUAAACUCGACAACCGCCAGAAUACCGCAAGAGAAGCCAUUCCCGGUGAAGUUGCGACUGGCGAAGAAGGUAAGAGGAAGUCGCCCAGUCCGGGGGCACUUGAAGAUCCAGCAGCAGGUAGCGCCCUUGGUAGCGGUGAGGUAAAUGUGAGACAGACCCUCAAGGAGCUUCCUCUAUUUUCCGCGCUGCCACCAGAUAUUCUCCACCAAUUGGGACUGAGCGCUCAGCCAAAGACGUAUGCCCCUUUUACGGACAUAAUUCGACAAGGGACGUUAGGAAACGAAAUCUAUUUUAUAGUACGAGGCGAGGCAGAGGUGAUACAUGAACCACCAGACGGCCAGGUACCGAAAAGAUCGAAACGGUCAUCUCUUAUCAGGCCACGACUAAAACAGGGCCAGUACUUUGGCGAAGUUGCCAGUCUUGGCCUGUCUCAGAAGCGAACCGCAACAGUCAGGUCAAUUACCGUAGUCGAGUGCUUAAUGAUUCCUGGUGAAGCCCUAGAUGAGCUGUGGAGGACAUGUCCAAGUAGCCUGAGGGAGCAGGUCGAGGAGACGGCAAGAAAUAGAAUCAGAAAAGACGACAAUGAAGACAUCGACAUGACCGACGCUGAGAGUACGGCAGGGGACUCUGCACCAGUGACGCCAGUACAGGCAAACCCCCAGGUCAUCUUUACGACUCCUUCAAAGCCUGCUUCCCCUGUGAAGGAUGAGUCUAAACAAUUAAUACCUAAAGAUCCAGACCCGUAUCUCAGUGUCGAUAUGGAGAAUCUGAGGAAUCGUCGGCGAGCAUCUCUUGCCCCGCCUACGCCCCCUAGUGACUCUCCUGGCACCCCUUCUACUAAUGGGGGACGUCCGCGCAUGAUCGACACAACUACACCGAUUAAAUUUGCGUUGCCGUCCAUGUCAUCUCCUGUUUCCGAGGGCCCCACAAAGAAAGCACGGCUUUCAACUAAGCCUACAACUCUCAAAGAUAAAGGUGAAGGGAAAAGGUCUCUCCCUGAUGAUAUAUUGAUAGCUAUCUUCCAGCAUCUGAACGCCGUGGACUUAUUUCGUCUGAGGGGAUUGUCUACUCACUGGCUCAAAGUCCUAUCCACUUCACUCAAACUCUGUCACAAUGUGGAUUUGUCUGUUUACAAUCGUCGGGUUACUGAUGAUAUCUUGGUUAAGCGGCUAGCACCGUUCCUUGGCCAUAGACCUGUCUCGGUUGAUGUUAGCAAUUGCUUCCACAUUACAGAUGAAGGAUUUUCGUCGUUCUGGAGGCUUUGUGGUCGGAAUGUCAAGGUUUGGAAGAUGAAGUCUGUCUGGGAGGUUUCCGCCAACCAGAUCCUCGAAAUGAGUGACCACGCCAAGAGCUUAGAAGAAGUUGACUGGAGUAACUGUCGGAAAGUGGGCGACAACCUUUUGGCCCGCGUAGUGGGCUGGGUCGUGCCUGAUCAUCCUCCUCAGAAGCAAGUGAUCAUCUCAAGCUCAGCGGCGCGUCUAAGAAAUCAGCGACAACAGGCACACGCCGUGACAUUACCUCCCCCAGGAACCGUCAUUGGUUGUCCUCAGCUCAAGAGACUCAAUCUCUCAUACUGCAAACAUAUCACAGAUCGUUCCAUGGCUCACAUGGCUGCCCACGCCUCGAAUCGCCUGCAAUCUCUUUCACUCACGCGCUGUACAUCAAUUACUGACGCGGGCUUUCAGUCAUGGGCGGCUUUCCGCUUCGUCAACUUAUCGCAUUUAUGCCUUGCCGACUGCACUUAUCUAUCUGACAACGCCAUCGUCGCACUUGUCAACGCCGCUAAAUCUCUCACUCACCUUGAUUUGUCUUUCUGUUGCGCGCUGUCAGAUACUGCUACGGAAGUGGUCGCUCUCGGGCUACCGCGCCUGCAAGAGCUCAAAAUGGCUUUUUGCGGUAGUGCCGUUAGUGAUAGCAGUCUUGCCUGUAUUUCUCUACAUUUAAACGACCUCGAACGGUUGAGUGUUAGGGGGUGUGUACGAGUCACUGCGUCCGGCGUCGAAAGCGUCCUGGAGGGCUGCGGUCGAUUAACCUGGAUCGAUGUGAGCCAGUGCCGCAACCUUGAGGGUUGGACCAAAGGGGGCGGCGUCACACGAUGGGGAUAUGAUGAAAGGAUCGCUAGGAUAUCAGGCAUAGACAUAAAAAGCAUGAGCAUUAUACCCCCUCGCGGCGCGCGUAAUCGUCGCGCUAGGCGUCCGGUCGGUUUUGUCGUGGAAAAGGGGCCGGGCGAGCUACGGGCCAUGAAGCAGUGGGUUACCAACCAGGAUGGCCUCGACAAGCUCCGGUUCGUAGAUGUCCCUGAGCCAUCUGGGUUGAAAGAGGGCGAGGUACUCGUCAAGAUCCAAAGGGUGUCGUUGAAUUAUCGGGAUACCGAAGUGUGUAUGGGUCUUUAUAGUCACCACAGGAGCAUCGGCAAUGACGAAGAGAUUGUGCCGACGUCCGACUGCUGCGGAUUGAUCGUGAAGGUCGGCCCGGGCGCAACUCAGUCUGGACUCCGCGAGGGCGACCGCGUCGCUUCUAUCUUCAACCAGACGCAUCAGACUGGCCAGGUCGUUGAAAAGGACAUGGCAUCUGGCUUGGGAUUACCGCUUAAUGGCUGUCUGACGCAAUACCGCGUCUUCCCUGCCUACGGCCUCGUCAAAGUCCCUGACUACCUCACUGACGAUGAAGCCGCUUGCUUGCCCAUUGCGGCCGUCACGGCAUGGAUGGGCAUCAACUCGUUUCAGCCCAUGGGCCAGCCACUUCGAGGCAAAGAUAAAGUCGUCUUGCUUCAGGGAACGGGCGGUGUAGCAAUUUCGGGACUGCAGACCGCGAAAGUGUUGGGAUUGACGACAAUCAUCACAUCGUCCUCAGACAAGAAGUUAGAACUCGCAAAGAGCCUGGGAGCCGACCACACCAUCAACUACAAGACGACGCCGAAUUGGGACGACACGGUCCUCGAGAUCACGAAGGGUCGCGGCGCAGACGUCGUGCUCGAGUGCGGCGGCGCGCAGACGCUUAGCAAAUCGUUUCGGUGCGUCGCCUUUGGCGGACUCAUUAGUGCGAUCGGAUAUCUCUCCGGCAAAGAAGACGAGGCCGGCAACAGAAUCAAUGCUAAUGUGCUUGCGCUGAUUCGCAAUGUCACGUUCAAGGGUAUUAUAAAUGGCCCUAAGGACCGCUUCGAGGAGAUGUUGCGCGUGUAUGAGCGCGAGAAGAUCAGGCCUGUUGUCGAUCGCACUUUCGAGUUUGAGAAGGCGGACGAGGCGCUGAAGUAUUUGUCCAGUGGUGGACACUUUGGAAAGGUUGUUGUUAAAGUACAGUGA